AUGAAUACUGAAGAUGACAAGCAGACUGUUCUAAGCACGUUACCCAAGGACCUACCUCUAGACUUCUUGAAGACCAUCACAGAUCAGUUCUCAGACAACCGGGUUAUCGGUAAAGGUGCAUUUGGAACAGUUUAUACGGGAACUAUGCCUGAUGGGCAAACGAUUGCUGUGAAGAAGCUUGCGGAAAAUGCGCCGAUUGCACGCGACAGAAUAUUUAAUAACGAAGUUCAAAACAUCAUGGCUUACCGACAUGAAAAUAUAGUCAAGUUGGUUGGGUUUUGCCAUGAAGGACAGAAGAAAGUAGUACUGAACAAUGGGCGAUAUAUUGUCUCAGAUGUUUACGAAGGUCUACUUUGUUACGAAUAUUUACCUAAGGGAAGCCUUCAGAGGAACCUCUUUGAUAAACCCAUCGAUAUGGCAUGGGACGUCCGCUUCAAGAUAAUUAAGGGGAUAUGCGAUGGUUUACAUUUUCUUCAUAGCAUUCCUCUUAUCCAUAUGGAUUUGAAGCCUCAAAAUAUAUUGUUGGAUGAUAACAUGACGCCGAAAAUAUCGGAUUUCGGACUUUCCAGGCUAUUUGGCAAAGAACAAACACGUGCGAAUACACAGAAUGUUGUGGGAUCAUACGGAUACAUAGCUCCAGAAUACCUAUACAGAGGUGAAAUCUCCACUCAGUCAGACAUUUACAGUUUAGGCUUAUUAAUCAUCGAGAUUACCACUGGCGAGAAGAAUACCCCCAAACAGAACGAACCAUCAGCAAGGGAAUUUAUUGAAAGAGUACGUCAAAAUUGGACAGAAGGGCACAUAGCAUCCAUAUACCAGUUAAAUCCAAAUGCCCUCCAGGAAGUAACAGUAUGCAUUGAAAUUGGUCUAGAGUGUGUGGACGUUGAUUGGAAGAAGAGACCUUCCAUCGAAAGCAAUGUUGAGAGGCUCGGUAGAUGCUGUGCAAACCUGGUCUCCACCACUUCCAUGCGAACGUGAAACUAGGGUCUUCUAUUGAUGAAAGAAGGGCAACAUGGAAGAAAAGAACUUUCUCCGUCAUUACUAUAAUGAAUUUAUUUCUAAAAGAAUCAUUUGUGUUGUCACGUCACCGUGGAACUUGUUAAAUUUAUUAUGAUAAAUGAUAUUCCAUUAUCUCCUAUAGUCCAUUGUUUUAUACUCCAAACAAAUGCAAUGUUGUUUUUUCUGUUCAGUGCGGUUUGAAAUAAGAAUUGA